AUGCCAUUUUGCACUGCAUUGACAGUUAAAAUCAAUGCCUUGUUAAUCAAUAUCUCCAAAAACAACCCUAACUGUAUUGACACUCAAAAUCAAUGCACAUUUAAUCACAAUCUCCAAAAAAAAUUCCAAGACAUUCCAUUCCACGUAUCGAUGAUGACAUAUUUACUGAUUGCCGGGGAUCGAUACCGUUUAUUAAGCGAUCCUGGAAAACCAAGAAUACCAGCGUUUGUGUGUGCUCUCGGUUCAUGGUUCUUCGCAAUAUGCAUUGUGCUGCCGUUUCCAAUUUAUACUACUUACCUUGAUCUUUCGAGCUUCAAAAAAGGGCACUUUGACGGCCUGGGGAUUUGUCUCGGGAAUCUCGUUGACGAUAUUCAGCAGUACAUGCGGGGUUUAUUUUUAUUGACGUAUGUUGCGCCAUUGGCAAUUACUGCGUAUAUUUAUGUCAAAUCAAGUCGUGAGUUGCAAAAUAAAGAAGAUCCGCUAUCGGCAGUUGCUAUUUUUGAAUCAAGGAGAAAAGGCUCUUCAAGACAUGACAGCGAUGUUAGUACUGACUUAAUGCCAUACCGAGACACAAAAUGUAGAAGCGGAAGUUUGACAACAACAACCGCUACAGCCGGAUUAUCCGCAUUUACAACUAACACUUACGAUCCAGAAAUAGAUGUUGCUAAAGAAAUACGCUCGCAAAAAUAUCUUAUCUUCAUGGUGUCCUAUUACGCAAUUUUGCUCUGUCCGCUAAUGGUGUUGAAACUCGCAAAAUUGGCCCUUGUGGAAACCGCGGAGAAUGAAGGUCACUUUGACAUUACUUACACGAUAUUUGUUUGGCUUGGAUUCACCCCCACAGUCGCAACCCCUAUACUUUAUGCGUCUUGGCAAAUGAGCAGACCGACAAAGGAGCGAUUGAAAGGCUACUUCCAGUCCUCAAGCCGAAGACUUACCAAGGUUUGCGAAGAGACUGUUAUUAGAUCUAACCGGCACCCAUCUCACCAGAUCAACCCCUCUGGUCUAGCUAACGUAGCUUACACACAACACCCACGAUCCGGAAAUGGGAACAAUAGCUCCAGCGGCAGUAAUUACAAUGAAGCCGAGGGUAUCAACUACUCACGAGGAAAUCUAAGCACCCGCAGCAGCGAAUUCGAUAACCAUCCACAAAAUAUGUAUCUCGUUCAUUGA